GGCAGCAACACACUUGAUGAGUCGAGAGUUUGUUUUCUCCGUUCAUUUGCUGCUCAUAAACAUCGUGCAUUCUGACACAUACUUUAGCAUCAUUUUUUAACAAUGGAUAUAUUGAAACCGCAAUUACUGUGGAUUGGCAAACGAUGCUAUCGCGUUAAUUCAAUAGCCAACGAUAACGAUUACGAACAACAAAAAACUGCAACAAAUGAAUACGUCGAAGAUGAUUUGUACGGUGAGGAGAACGACGAAAUGGAAGCUCAAGAAGAAUUUGACGUUGUUGAAGUAGCACCAAAUCGCUAUAAAACUACAUUUCAUGUUCCACAAGCCUUUUAUGGAGCGAUCAUUGGAUCAAGAGGUGCGGUUAGAAAACGUAUUGAGGGUGAUACACGUACGGAAAUCACAAUUCCAAAGCACGGAACAACGGGUGAUAUCAGAAUUUUGGGCACCAAACGGGAAUCCGUUUGUAUGGCACGAAGGCGUAUCGAAUCAAUUGUAAUCAAUUCUAGGCGAAAGCAGCGGCCAACACAUUUCACUUGUGUUCGAGUCAUCGAUACGACAAUCAAGAACAAUGUCAUCAAAUUUAAGGAGGAGAUUUUGAAGAGCGGACCAACGCUAGGACUGCAAGAACACAUGUUUAUUGAACCGCACAAACUGCAUAUCACAAUUGGAAUCAUGGUGCUAAUGGAUGAUGUUGACAGAACGCGUGCCGUUGAACUGUUGAGGGAAUGUCGUGAAUCAAUUGUUCUGCCCAUUAAAAGUGAGUGCAACGACACUAAAUUUACUGUUCGUGGUGUUAAUAGUUUCAACGAUGAUCCAAGUGCCGUGAAAUAUUUGUAUGGAAAAAUCGAAUCGGAUGCCCUACAGCGAAUUGGCGAUGGCAUUCUCAAUUGUUUUGUAGAUUCAGGUUUGGCAAAGCGUGAAUAUGAUCGAGACACCGUUAAAUUGCACAUGACAUUGAUCAAUGCAAAUAAUCGGAAUGAUUAUGAUGACGAUGAGUCGAAAUCGCAGAAAUACCAAGCCAGAAAUUUUGAUGCACGCCACAUUUUGGAAAAAUAUGCUGAUUACGAAUUUGGUUCACAACAAUUCAACGAGAUUCAUUUGGCCAUCAUGCAGUCAAAAGAUGCCGACGGUUUUUACAAAUGCACAGCGAGCAUUCAGUUUUGAGAAGCGUCCGCAAUAUGAUUUUAUUUAACGUUCACAUGUGAUGUCACUCUUUUUCUUCUUCAAUGUGAUUGAAAGACUUGAGAAUUCAAAUUUUUUUGUUAAAUAAAAUAAAAAUAUUGAAGUAAA